CGUGACUAAAGGAUGUGUGUAUUGUAUAUCUUGCACAUUCCUUUACGUUAGACAAGCUGCAAACUUUGUCCCCUACAAACUACCUGCUGCUGACACGAGGCAAGCAGGAAACGGUGGUCGCUAACGUCAGUGCGCAUGCGCAGCUCGCAUGUCGCUGUGUUGUUAUCGUGAGUGUAGUGGGAGCUCGAGCGGUCCUCGUGAGCUGGACUUGCACUCUGAACUGGACACAAAGAUGACAAGAGCGGAUGAGUGGACUAACUACAGAUCAGCGAGCAAAGCAGAAACGCGGUUUAGAAGCAGGUUAAAUCCCGUGACAUUGGAGUUGGUGGUGCGAAACUCUGCGCUUUCUUUGUGUAAAGCUAUUUAAACAAGUCUGUCAGUCAGCUCACACAGGCAGGCGGAUUGUUUAUGUGGACAAGAGCGAGGCUGUGUGCUUCGUGUGUGUGUGUGUGUGUGAGAGAGAGACAUGAGUGUACCUUUGUGGAAUCAGCUCCAGGCUGGGAGCUCAGAGGUGGACUGGUGUGAAGGGAAUUAUCUCAUCUAUCCAGGAAUAGCCGAGUUUUACAACACGAUAAGCAACUUUUUAUUCUUCAUUCUGCCCCCUAUUCUGAUGUGUCUUUUUCGUCAGUAUGCCACGCAUUUCAACAGCGGCAUCUAUCUGAUAUGGACCCUCCUAGUGGUGGUUGGAAUUGGCUCCACUUAUUUCCACGCUACCCUGAGUUUCCUAGGACAGAUGCUGGAUGAAUUAGCAAUACUCUGGGUUCUUAUGUGUGCCAUUGGCAUGUGGUUCCCCAAGAGAUACCUGCCCAGGAUUUUCCGUAGAGACAGGUCAAGGUUUAAAAUGGUUGUAGGCAUCUUCUCUGGGAUCACCACUGGUCUGGCUUUCAUUAAGCCAGCUAUUAACUCUAUUUCGUUAAUGACACUGGGAAUUCCGUGCACAGCUCUUCUCAUCACAGAACUUAAGAGGUGCGAGAAUCUGCGUGUGUUUAAGCUGGGCCUCCUCGCUGGUCUGUGGUGGACUUUAGCACUCAUGUGUUGGAUCAGUGACCGUAUCUUCUGUGAGAUGUGGUCAUCUGUAAACUUCCCAUACCUCCACUGCGCCUGGCACAUUCUGAUCUGCCUGGCCUCCUACCUUGGCUGUGUGUGCUUCGCUUACUUCGAUGCAGCCUCUGAAGCUCCAGAGCAAGGCCCGGUGGUUAAAUUCUGGCCCAGUGAGAAGUGGGCCUUCAUUGGAGUGCCCUAUGUAACUCUGCUUUGUGUUCACCACAAGCCAGCCAUCAAGGUGACAUGAUUAGCCAGCGCUGGUUAAAAUAUCAGACAUCAAUGCACUUUCAUAGACUGAGCAUUCUUUAGACUGAGGAUUCAGUGGCUUCAUGAAGUGUUCUGUUUGUAUUGUUUAUUUAUAUAAUUCACAUAAGCAUUUUUGUUAUAAAAAGUGUCCAAAAAUGAAAAAAAAAAAAAAAAAAAAACACAAAACCAAAAGAAACUUUUUUCGAAGUUCUUGGGAACCAAGCACAAAAUGAGCUAAACGCAGACAUUACUUUUGGUCUGUAGGGGAAAUGCUUUAUUUCUCCUGAAAAGUUUUUCAGCAAUACACAUAAUUAACCCUUCAGUGCACACUGGAUUUGAGAAUGCAUAUAACCCUUAGCAAAGUACUUUCUAAUAGUGUGAUUGUUACUUCUUCAUACUAAAGACUUAUUUUCAUUACUUGAGUGUAAAAAUGGAAGUGAAAAAUGAUAAUGGUAAACUAAAAUCAAACCACAAUUUAUUAGUGUUCAACCAGAAUUAAUUAUUUUCCUUCAAAAUAAAGUCAUUUUGCUAUGAACAUUGAUUUUGCUAUGAACAUGAACAUGAACUUACUGGUUUAAUCUUUAGUCAUAUCCAUUUGUGUGAACCCACUGUAUGUCUGUAGGAAUGAUUAAUAUUUUAGCCUUAAUGGAGUUUAACACAAAUGUUAGAAUGUGAGCCAUUUUGCGCUGCUGUAUUACACAAUGUACUGGGAAAGGUAUUGCAUGGAACUGCAUUAUAAUCAAGUGUUCUAGUAAAAAAAAAAAUAAUAAUAAAAAAAUUAAUUCCGUAGUGAUUACAUUACUUAUAUUAGUGGUUCUAUUACUGCAUCAUGUGUCCACAUGUUUCCUGAGGGAAUGUCUUUUGGUAUUGGGAAAAUAAAUGCAUGCUUUGUUAUAUGGAGGCAGGAAACUCUAAAGUCCGUUUGCAGAUUUCCGUUUAAUAUUAGAGAGUGAAAGCCAUGCUAUGGAAGAAAAUUGCAUGACAUGAUCUCAUUCUCAACACAUUCACAGUGAGCCAGCCUUGCAGUGUUUUGCUAUGACAUAAACUGAAAUUUAAGUGCCACAGCAUCGGCAUCAGCAUUUCAGAGGCCAAAUUGCCUCAUUUAGAUUGAUGUCUAAAACUGUUUUUGUAUAGAUCUUAAUCUAAAACAGUUGUGAGUGAAGACAAAAUAACUGCACUUAUGGGACACAGCACAAACCCCAGUACAUUUUUUGUCCUCUACUCAAAGGAGACACAAGGACUCAUACAAAGACUAUUUUUCCUGUUUGUAACAAAUGAUUUUGUAAGUAUUGCUGAUAUGUUUGUAAAAUUUGUAAAAUGUAAUGACUUUUUCUGUUUUAUUUAUGUAAUAAAAAUGUUCCAUAUUA